AUGGACCUCACACGGCCACUCCGUGGUGGCUGCCGCUGCCGGCGCAACCUCUACAUCAUCCGGUUCCCCAAGGAACAAGAAGACAUUAACCAACUCGCCAAAGUCCUCUUUAGUUCGGAUCCUCACCACCGCGCAACCCUCGGAACCCCCCUCCCCACCUAUCUUCGCGUCCCCCUCCAACACUACCAAAGCCUAACCUUCCCGCAAUACUCCAACGAAACCAACUCCCAAAUCCACCGCGUCUACCGCGAACCAGGCAUCGACUACGCGAUGCACCACUUCUGCGGCUUCUGCGGCACCCCGCUGUCCUACUGGUCCGAGUCGCCGCGCACCGAGGCCGACUUCAUCCAUCUGACGUUGGGUAGUCUGCUGCCGGAGGAUUUGGGGGAUCUGGAGGAGUGGGGGUUGUUGGGGAGAUUGGGGUCGUCCGGGCCGUCGUCGGGGGCGUCGUCGGGAGCGUCUUCGAGGGGGAUUUCGCCGGAGAAGGGAGGAGAAGAACGAGGGGAGGAAAGGGGCAAGGGGAAGGAGAAUGAGGAUGGCAACAACAGCCAGCUCGGCCCAAGGGGCACUGAUAGAGUUGGCGUGCUCCCGUGGUUUGAUAGGCUCACCGAGGGCAGUAGGUUGGGAAGAACGCUACGGCGGACAACGGGGGUCGGUUCCGACCAGACGGGGAAUGUGAGAGUGGAAUGGGAGAUUGUGGAGUGGACGGAGGAGGACGAAGACGGUGGUGGGCCACAGCCGCAGAGUUCAUACGGUUCAAAGAAGCGGAAAGUAGACCAGGUCGAGGACGUCGAAGAAGGCGGCCGGAUGAAAGGCCCGCAAUGA